AUGCAAUCACUCACUGGGAGUACUUCGGAUAUCCCAUCAGAUCUCAAUCAUAAUGAACAGUUCAAGGGUAACUCGAGGGACGGUGAAACUGAACCAUAUUUACAUAAUGACAGUGAAACUGCGCUAAACUUUUCUCUGAUAAAACGAAAACAAGACUGGGACGAAGAACAAAUAGAGAUGCUACGAUGGCUGGUUAAACACGGAUACGACGCUGCAACGGCUAAGAAAUUGGUAGUCGCCGCAUACAAGCUAGAACCGGGACGCACAUACCCAAUGGGUAGAGUAAUUCGCACACGUGAUGCUGCUAUUCCGGUUGUCUGGGAGGGAGAGCUUCCUGCACGCAAUUACGUUAACCCGGUUUUUUCCAGAAAAGUCUUUAUUGGAGGCGUCCCGUGGGAUAUCACAGAAAUGGAUCUUUGGAACGCUUUUCGGGAAUAUGGUAUCGGUACAAUUGAGUGGCCAAAAAAAGCAUCAACGAAACUUAGUGAUUCACGCAAUGCACGAGCGAUUGGAUAUGUUUAUAUCAUUUUUGAAGAGGAAGCUUCAAUUCGGAAGCUUUUGAGAGAUUGCACUCGUGACUAUGGUUCAGCGGGAGAGUACCAUUACAAACUUUCAGCCCGUCGUGCACAGUCUUCUACUGAAAUAAGACAAGUGCAAGUUAUUCCAUGGGUCGUUAGUGAUUCAGUUUACGUUAGUGAUGCAACCACCAAAAUUGAGCGCGAAAGAACGGUUUUUGUUGGAGCGCUUCAUGGCAUGCUUACAUCAGAGAUAUUGUACUCAAUAAUGAAUGAAAUAUACGGUUCUGUCGUGUUUGUCUGCCUGGAUAACGAUAAAUACAAGUACCCAAUGGGAAGUGGUCGGAUCACUUUUGCUUCAGAUGCUCCAUUUUUUCAAGCAAUUGAAGAUGGUUUUUUGGAGAUUAGAACUUCAAAGUUUGUCAAGAAGCUACAGAUUGAUCCUUUCCUGGAUUACAGCAAAUGCUCUCAAUGCUUAGCUGAUUCUGGGACAUAUUUUUGUAGGAACAGAAAUUGCUUCAAGUAUUUCUGUGCUAACUGUUGGGAGGUGAAGUAA